AUGGCAAGGCUCACGAGACCAUUCCGCGAAAGCAUUCGCAUAGAGUUGUGUGGAUAUGGUACCGGGCGUCGCUUUUAUUCCACAGGUGAGCAUCUAGAGGGAUACGUAUGGAUCAAAACGAAGGAUGUCAUUCAACCGAGCAUGGUGGAAAUCCUAUUCAGAGGUCAAUCACGGAUCGAGAGCGAUGGUGUCAUGUUGCCCGUUAAGACAUACAGAAAAAAGACUUUUUUGGAGUUAACCCAACCUAUCGAGGAUGGCGCAUUCUCGACGUGCCAGAAUUUGAAGACCGGGUACUUGUACAAAAUCCCGUUCUUUUUUGUCAUACCGACUGAGCUCCCUAUAAGCAUCUGCCGGCAUGGAGAAGAUUGGGAAGCCCUUCAGUCUCAUCUACUGCCUCCGCCAUCUCUAGGAUAUGCUUCGACACUUAAGGAGAAUCAUUCCAAGUUGGAAGAUCUGUCGACUACCAGAUUUGGAAUAGGCUAUUCUAUCCAGGCAAGACUUUCGAAAAAGACCGAGGAGGAUAAGGAACCCUGCCAGCCCGGAAAAUCUGCAGAAUUGGCCAUACGAAUCCUCCCGGGUGUGAAGGAAAGGUCACGGGUCAACACUUUCGAUGAUCCGCCACCCUAUACCAAGGAAUUACAGACUUCCAAAACAAUAUGCAAUCAUGAUACCAAAGGAACAUUGUAUGUUGGAGCCUUAGAGCCUCAACCAAUUCAUCUCAACGCAGUUCAUCACGAUGAAAUCAAAUGCUCGACUACUGUCCUUGAAAUAGCAUUAUGGUUUGUGUCAGUGAAUAGCGAGCCGCCACCACUUCGCUCCGUCUCAAAGAAAGUGGUGGCUCAUACCACUGCACGGAUUUGCCAGAGUGAAGAAGUCGCCCAUUCCUCAGUCGUUCAACUAGGCGACCUGGACUUCUCCUCAGUGCGAUGGAAGGAAUGCCCGCUAACGGAUUACUUCGCGAACAUUUCCAACGAAGAACGGUCUGAAGUUCACACCCAUACGCCUAAGCGCCUUUACAGGGCUUCGGUCGUCGUUCCGAUAUCUCUUCCAACAUCGAAGACAUUUGUUCCUACUUUUGAAUCGUGUUUGCUAUCACGGUCGUAUGUACUGGGUGUUACUCUUUUGUUUGGCUCAAUAGGGAAGGCUUUGAAGUUCCCAUCGGUCAAGCUUAAGGUUCCUCUUCGAAUAGCAGGACUUGGUGGAUGA